CACGCCCAGCGCCACCCCUUAGAGUACUUCAACCGUUUCUCCGUUUGACACACUAAGCACCGACUUUUCUUCACUAUAUUUACCAUGAUAUUGCAAUGCUUGCAACAACUGAACUGCCUCCUCUCCGAGCGCUGCACUAAUUUAAACACAUAUUUCCAAGGUCAUACCGUCUACCACUCACGACUUCAAGGUCACAUUUCAAGUCGGAUAUUGCCCAAUCGGAAACCCAAUUGCAAAAGCAGUGGAAACCUAUAUCGGAACCGCUGCAGCAGUUACUUGAAAAAGUAGAGCCAGUCAAAGUAAAACCAGAGAACUGGAAAUUAGAAUCUAAAACAUCAACACCUCAGAAAUCACCACUUUCACAGAAAUUAACACCGACAAAUAUAUACAAUAGAUACCUCCCCACUACUACAAGUUUCCUUGAAGACACAUUAUCUAACCUUCCCGAGCACUCUAUUUUACAAGACGUUUCCGGGAUAGAAGAAUCACGUCCCGAUGCUACAGUACUAGAACGAGAACGUGAUGUUGACGAGCAAAUGAUUGCUCACACACGGGAAGAGUUUCGGCGCCUAAGCAAAACACCUGGUUAUCAAAGUUAUUUAGAACAGUUCCAUCCAUUACCUCGUCAAUAUAUCGAUGAGUCUAUACGGGGGGAUGAAGAGAAUUUUGAUCGAUAUCACGGUAUAACACACGAUUGGAUCGGCG